AUGGCCGACGCACAAGGCGUUCCCAAGGAGGAGUCGCUGGCAACAUCCCAGGCUAGCGACGGUACCAAGUCUCUCAACACCUUGUCAUUGUCUGCAGCACCAGAUUCCGAAUCCCAGACCCAGGCUGACGAUGGAAAUUCAAGCACGACUGAGUCUGAGCCACCAGCCACGCCGGCCAAAGAGGACGACGACGGGAUCGCGACCGGAACAACCUUGUUCGUCUUCUUGCUUUGUACCAGUCUGGCUGGGAACGAGGGCGCGGGCGCGGUCCCCGAGACCACGAAACUUGCAUCUGGUGUCGUGGGCCCGUGGGACCAAACGUCGAGGUCCUCACCCAUGUUGGCAGAAACAACAGUUCUCGGUACCGUCCGUGGCCAUUCGCUGCGAUGCCCCAUGUGUGCCGAGGAGUUUUACCACCGAUACUCUGUAACUGGCGCCGAUUUCAAAGCGGAUCAAGGCGGGCCAGACGCCCAACGGGUCGUCGACGCGGGCUGGUUGAGAUGCACCCUUUUCGGCACCGCAUACGCCAGAGACUUUUGCGUCAAGAGAAAAAAGCCACUCAUCAUCAUGGAGAGCGAGGAGGCCAGAAAGCUCGUGCUGCUCAACCGAGAGAAAUACAUGUUCAACAAGUGCGAAGAACUGCCCCAGACGGCUUUGGAGGGGACGAGGUGGUUCAGCAGAGUCGUCGCAGCAGACAUUGCCCAGAGCUUUGGCGCGACUCCGGCUCCCGACUCUGGUCUUCCGGCUCCAGUCGCUCCAGUCAUCUAUCCCCGCCCUGUCGAAGGAGAGGCGGAGAAGCCCAAAAACACCUUCAACAUGGCUUGGAUGAUACUUGACCAUGGAAACAAUCAGUACCGAAUGUCGCCGAUCCUGUGCCUCGACGCCUGUUGUUUGAUAGUCCAGACGGAAGGACUUGGAGGAGUCACAAAGACCAUGACCGCAGAAGAGUUCAACGCGAUGACCAAGGCGAGAGGAGGUCUCAAGACCGUGGUGGAGAGCUUCGGACCGGAUGAUGUGACCGACGCGCUUGAAAUGGAUGCUUCCAGCCGGCUCUGGCUGGCGAAGAUGCUGGGCAAACCGCCGAGGGACCCCGACUACCCGUCGGACGAUGAAUGGUACAAGAGAAUCGCCCUGGCUUUCGGAUUUUCCACCCGCCCGCCACUGGAAUGUGGUGGCAGUGACAACGACGACGGCACGCCGCCCCCUGCUGCUGCUGCUGCGGACGCGGACGACGAGCAGAACGACUCGGACGAGUCCUUGCCAGAGCUUCCUAUCGUGUAA